CUCUCUCUCACUUCUCUUUGCUUUCCAUUGAACAACCGUUGCCUACACCGUCAAGGAAUCCCUUUCUCUCUCUAAAAUUCACGUAAAUACAUCCAGUAAGGAUUUUAUAUACGGCCGUUGCUCGUGUCUCUUUCCACACGUUUGUUUCAAUUAAUCAAUUAAAUUAACCCUCGGUUGUUGCCCAGCGCGUUGGUUAAUUUUUCAUCAGAGUCAAUAAGCUACAUAUCUGAUGCGGUUGGAGGAGAGUGUAAUUGACGUCUCAAAUUUGGGCUUCUAGUAAGCUUCUUCUUUUAUACAGUUAGAUACCAAUUGAUAUUGCAUUCAGCCUUCCCUUACUAUCAGCGUAAGAUAAAUAGCUGUUAAUAAAAGGAAAAAUGAUUAUAGGGGUUACCUGAGUACUGCUAUUGAGACUUCACCAAAUAUACUGUGUAUCUCAGUAAACUGGAUAAUAUGUUUACUGAGACGUCUUUCAGUGAAAAUGGUGGUGAGAUCAGGGCAGCGCCAUCUCCGGAUGAUCUCAAUUUUGGCAUUGGAAAAUUGUAUGUGUCACCCGAACCAUAUGAAUCCACUCAUGUGAGAGAUGAUGAAUCAUCUGAUGUGAUGCUCAGAUCAGAUGUUUCAGCCGCAGGCGGUCUUCUUUCACCUUUUCAUUCCAUCAGCUUUGCUGAGCAACCAUUGCUGGGGAAUGACAUGGCAAUUAGCCCUGUCAAAAUUGAUGCUAUUGGUUCUAUUUCUGAAGCUAAGCAGAAAGGACAGAUACAUGGUGAGGGACAAGGUUAUAGUUUACAUUAUUCCUCUGAUUCUGAGAGGAUUCAGGGCCCCUCUAUACAUGGGGAUGGUGAAGCUGAGGUUGCUGAUCAAACUGUGAGGACCCAACAAUCAAAUGAUCUUAUUGUAUAUGCAUCGUCUCGGAGGAAUAGUUCCCGCAACACUCUUGAUAAAUUAAACCAUAUUAAUGAUUCUAAGCAACCAUCAAGAAGUUGUACGGUGAUCACCCCAAAAGACUCACCCUCGCAUACUUCUAGAAAGAAAAGAAGUUUACUCUCCAAGCGGGCUAAAUCUUCUGUUUGGGGAUUUGUGGAUUUACCAAAUUUUGAAGAAAACCCAUGUUUAGGUAAUGGGAAAACAGUAGGGAAAGUAAGAGGUAACCAAGGAAAGAGCAAUGUUAUCAAGGACAAGACAGGUCAAAAAGCUGUCUGCAAAAGCUCCAAUCCAACUGGCCGCAUAUCUUUGAAGAUUAAAUUUGGCAAUCAAAUCUGUGGUGUGGUCAAUGUGGCUGAAAAUUGUAACAUAUCAGGGACAAGCAUUUCUGGAUCAUGUGACAAAAGCGAAAGUAAGUUUCAGGAGGAAUUUCCUGGAGAUAUGUUAUCCAAUGAAAACACGGAGAAUGUAAUAAGUUCUGAUGCUUCUGCUUUGGAUGCACAUCUUGAUGUUACAUGUAAUGUAGAAAAUAAAUCCUUGAGUACAUUAAGUGAUCAUCAGAUCAGCAGCCAUGAGCAAGGGUAUAAUAUGAGAGCUUCCACUGAGAAUAGGUGUUUAGAUCCAGGAACUUCACCUGAUUCUGAAGUUAUAAAUUCUAUUCCUGAUGCACCACUUGGUGAGAGAGAUAUCCAUGAUCUGCAAGAUAGUCCUGGGAUGCGGCUGGAAAGUAGUGGGGAAUGCUUUGCAAACUCAUCUGCUGGGGUUUCAAGUUUAAGUUCCCCAAAACUGAAAUCUAAAAAAGGAAAGAAGAUAACUGGUGAAGAAGCCAAACAUAAAGCUAGAGCACCUCUAGGCCUUGAAGUGAACCCUUCUCCUGAGCUUUCUGAUGUAACUGAGUCCUCAAAAUCGCAUGCCCACUCUAGUGCGAAGGGAGGAUGCAAGAGCAGGAAUAGCAUCUUGGAUUUGCCCCGCAAGAAAGGCAAAUCCUCUAGAAAGAAGGGAGAUAAAAAGAACUUUGUUGUUAAGUUUAAAAUUGAUCCGAAGGGCGAUGCAAGUGGUGUUCUUAGCAAAGUGGAAAGCCAUCCAGAAUCAGGAAGUCAAACUCUCCCUGGUCAUGGAGAAAUUGGAGAUCUUAGCUCUCCUCCUACUGAAUCAGGAUUUGUAUCUUCAUUUGGUUGGCCAAAUGGUCAGAAUGCUCUUCCAACGAAUGCAUGGGUUCUCUGUGAUGAGUGCCAAAAAUGGCGGCGGAUUCCAGCUACACUUGCAGAUAAGAUUGAUCAAACAAACUGCCAAUGGACUUGCAAGGAUAACACUGAUAAAGACUUUGCUGACUGCUCAAUUCCUCAAGAGAAAUCAAAUUCAGAAAUCAAUAAAGAGCUGGGAAUAUCUGAUGAUGAAGAUGCUGGCGACACCUUGCCGAAGUCCAAUAAAAACAAAUCAACAGCUGCUAAACAGUCAUCUUGGACUCUUAUUAAGUCAAACUUGUUUCUCCACAGAAGCCGUAAAACUCAGACCAUCGAUGAGGUGAUGGUUUGCCAUUGCAAACCUCCAUCAGAUGGAAGAAUGGGUUGUGGAUCUAAAUGCCUUAAUCGGAUGCUAAACAUUGAGUGUGUUCGGAGAACUUGUCCGUGCGGUGAACUUUGUUCAAAUCAGCAGUUCCAAAAACGGACGUAUGGAAAACUCAAAUGGUUAAGGUGUGGAAAGAAGGGUUUUGGUCUCCAAUCUCUUCAGGAAAUCUCUGAAGGACAGUUUAUCAUUGAAUAUAUUGGAGAGGUACUUGAUGUCCACACUCAUGAAGCCAGGCAGAAAGAGUAUGCUUUGCAAGGGCAUAAACAUUUUUACUUUAUGACACUCAAUGGGAGUGAGGUAAUUGAUGCGUGUUCUAAAGGGAAUUUGGGCCGCUUUAUAAACCAUAGUUGUGACCCUAACUGCCGGACAGAAAAGUGGAUGGUGAAUGGAGAAGUCUGUGUUGGACUUUUUGCUAUUAGAGAUAUUAAAAAGGGUGAAGAGGUAACAUUUGACUACAAUUAUGUCCGUGUAUUCGGUGCUGCUGCAAAGAAAUGUGUUUGUGGUUCACCUAAUUGCCGAGGCUAUAUAGGUGGGGAUCCAACAAAUUCUGAAGUAAUUGUUCAGGAUGACUCGGAUGAUGAAUAUGCAGAACCUGUUAUGAUCUGUGAAGAUAGGGAUAUGAAUCAUGACUGGACUGCUAUAAUGUCUCAAUCCUUAUUUGAGAAAGAAAUAAAAUGUAGUGAUGAGCUAGAAGAAGACAGACACACAAUAGAGAAUGUCAAUGCUGCUGAUCAAAUUGAGAGCAUCAAUUCUGGCACUUCACAUAAAAGAUUUGGUGUGAAUUCUGAUUCUAAUGGAUGCUCUAAGACUUCAACUGCUACACGAGUUGCGGACAUGACAGUCCAUGAUAAAUAUGGACCUGCCAAUGCUACUAGUGUUAAUGAUAUUGCUUCUGAGGCUGCUCUUACACCUUCGGAUACUACUGAAGAGGCCUUGAAUAUUCCUGGAUCAGCUAAUAUGGAGGCUGAAUCUGAGAGCCUCCUGCCCCAGAGCAGUUCUACGGUUAAACAUAAGGAAGCUUCCGUUCGAUCAGAGGAACUUAGGAAUAACACAGUGUCGAAGACUCUGCAUGUCAGUAAUAGGUUGAAAAUGUCUACUACUACAUUACCUGUAAAAUUGCAGCCUGAUGCAGUUAAAUCUAAGAAAAAGUUGAAAUAUGGCACUAUGCGAGGAAAGGAGGAAUCCUCAAAGUCUGGAUCUCUUGCUAAGAAUAAUCAUUCAUCACCAUCAAUUAGAAAAGGGAGACUCAAAUCAAAUGUUGUGAAUGACAAAGGGGCUCCAGAUGGGGAUAAGUUAAAUGCAGUACGCAACAAAUCUAAGAAGUCACUGGGCCUUUCCAUUAGCAGUCAUGUUGAAGCAGUUGAGGGGAAAUUAAAUGAGCUGCUAGAUACUGAAGGUGGAAUAAGCAAGCGCAAAGAUGCCUCAAGAGGGUACUUGAAGCUUUUGUUUCUAACCGCUGCAUUUGGGAGUAAUGGGCAUGGUGAAGCUAUUCAGAGUAAUCGAGAUCUUUCAAUGAUCUUGGAUGCACUCUUAAAGACAAAAUCGCGGACUGUUCUGGUUGAUAUAAUCAACAAGAAUGGUCUGCAAAUGUUACACAACAUAAUGAAGAGGUACAGAAAAGAGUUCAUUAAAACUCCAAUCCUGCGCAAGCUUCUUAAGGUACUUGAAUAUCUUGCGACAAGAGAAAUCCUUACUUUGGAGCACAUAAGCGGAGGUCCACCUCGUCCUGGUGUCGAAAGCUUCAAAGAUUCAAUGUUGACCCUGACAGAACAUGCUGACAAACAGGUCCAUCAAAUUGCACGAAACUUCAGGGAUAGGUGGAUUCCGAGAUCUCUCCGGAAAAAGUGCUUCAUGGAAAUGGAUGAUGGGAAGAGGGAAUUUCGCCAGCAUUCAACAAAUGGUAAAUUAUCAGUAUCAUCAGGAGAUCAUAGGAGUGACCAAGGUGGAAAACAUGCAGAUUCAGUAGAAUCUUGUGACAAGCAGCCCGUUGUUGUAUCUGGCAUUGAGACUUCAGCCCCAAACCUCUCCUCUGCUUCAGGUUGUAGUAAUGGAACGAAUGGAACACGAACACGCAAGCGCAAGAGUAGAUGGGAUACCCCACCGGAGGAAUGCAUGCGUCCCAGUAUUAGAGCCAGAUUGUCAGGUGACAGUAACCAAAAUGCCGACAAUGAUAUUCCUCCUGGGUUUACGACUCCUUGUAAUGACUCUGUCAUCCCAGCUACUACUUGUUCGAAUGCUAUUAGUCAUCAAGAAAGAGAGACAUUCAGAAAGCAUCCUUCUGGCAUUGUGCUGGCUGAUUCACAAGAUAGAUUCGUUGCACGUAUGCCUGUAUCUUAUGGUAUACCCUCUUCUCUCAUGCAACAAUUUGGGGUCAUUGGAGAAGCCGCUGCGGUUUGGACUGUAGCUCCGGGUUUGCCAUUCCAUCCGUUUCCUCCUUUGCCUCCAUGUGCUAGCGACAAGGGAGAAGAGCCAUCCCCGUUUGCUAAAUGUGUUAGUGAACCGCUUGAAAAGGCAGGACAAGAUGAUGUUGCUAGUCAUGUUCGUUACUCUGGUAAGAAACGUACAAUGACAGAAAUGAAUAUUUCAAUAGAGAAUGAGCAUCCAGAUUUUCAGCAAGAAGAGGGUUCUCGUAAAUUAGGCAGCAGAAGUGGGGGAACUCAGUUGUAGAUUCGGGAAACGGGACAAAUCAGUUUGGAGACUCAUACAGCUCGGAGGAUAUAAACCGGAGAGGAGUUUAGAAUGCAAUUCAUCACCAUUAAUUCAUUAUGAAAAGUUAGCAUCAUUUUAAUAGUAGAUUUUUCAAGGAGCUUCUAAAAUUGUGUAAUGCUCCUGUACAAUGUAUGUAAUUCUUGACUGCACAGCAAUAUCGAUACUGAAAUAUUCUUUUAUUUCUUAA